AUGGCGCCUUCAAGAUCAAAGAAAUCCAAGUACAAGAAAACUUCCCGUGGUAAAGGUGUUUCUCCUCGCAAAGAUGAUGAAAGCAUUAGCAAAACCAAACAACGGAAGAGGAAGUUGUCGGAUAUGUUAGGUCCUCAGUGGAGCAAGGAAGAGUUGGAGCGCUUUUAUGAAGGAUACCGUAAAUUUGGAAAAGAAUGGAAAAAGGUGGCUACAUUUGUACACAGCCGUUCUGCAGACAUGGUAGAGGCUCUAUACACUAUGAAUAAGGCUUAUUUGUCUCUUCCGGAAGGCACUGCUUCUGUGGUUGGCCUAACUGCGAUGAUGACUGAUCACUACUCUGUCUUGCAUGGAGGAAGUGACAGUGAGCAGGAAAACAAUGAAGGUAUUGAAACUCUGAGGUCAGCUCCUAAGCGCUCUAAAGUGAAAUCCUCAGAUCAUCCCUCUAUAGGAUUAGAGGGUCUGUCUGACCGCUUGCAGUUCAGGUCCUCGUCAGGCUACUUGCCAUCCCUGAAGAAGAGACGUACUGAGACUGUGCCUCGUGCUGUUGGGAAAAGAACUCCUCGAAUUCCUAUCUCAUAUGAGAAGGAUACUAGGGAAAAAUAUUUAUCACCUGUUAAGAGAGGUCGAAAUCAGAAGGGGGAUGAUACUGAUGAUGAUAUGGAACAUGAGGUUGCAUUAGCAUUAACUGAGGCUUCACAACGUGGUGGCUCUACCAAAAACUCCCACACACCAAGCAGAAAAGCAAAGAUGUACUUCCCUGAUAGUAAGGGUGAAAGAAUGCGUGCCGAUAUUGACUUGGCGAUUUCCAAGCUUCGUGCCACUGACAUGGAAGAUGUCCGCUGUGAACCAAGCUUAGGAAGCACUGAAGCUGAUGAUGUGGAUAUCUCUGGAGUUAGAAAUGACAUGACGCAUGGAGAUGGUUCUAGUGCCAUGGAACGGCAGCAAAAAGGAAAAACAUACUAUAGGAGGAGAUUAGGAAUUAAAGAAGAUGAUGCAAAAGAAGCGUGCAGCGGUACAGACGAAGCACAAAGCUUAGGUGCUCUCGAUGAGAAAUUUGAAACAGAAGGGGAUGAUAAAUCCUUGAAAUUCACAUAUAGAAGUUCAAGGAGAAAAAGCAAAAAAAGUCUCUUUACUGCAGAUGAAGACACAGCAUGUGAUGCUCUCCAGACGCUGGCAGAUCUAUCGCUGAUGAUGCCUGAAACUGCCACGGACACUGAGUCAUCUGUUCAAGCUGAGGAAAAGAGAGCUCGAAAAGCUAAUGUGUCAGAUUUAAAAGGGACCGAUCCAGCAUCCGUGUCUAAAAGUGGUUCUGUUAGAAACUCCAAACAGAGAAGAUCUGUCAGCAAUGAUCUUUGUAAUACCGAAGCGGAGAGAAAUAGUCCAAGUAGCUCUGUAUUCCUAAAGAGACGGCAGAAAGCAUCACCAGCUAAAGUUCCUAAAGAUGAGCUUGCUGCAAGCUCACAAGUCAUAGAGCCUCAUAAUAACAAGGGAAUAGUUGAGGGAAAUAAGCCUCUUGGGAGAGGUAAACGGUCCGCAAGUAUGCGAAACUCACAGGAAAAGAAGUCUGUCAAACCUCAGGAUCGUACUUCCUCAAGUAACUACAUAGUAGAAGAAGAUGAGUCGGCUCCAUCAACUGCAGUCAUAAAAAAACAAGUUAACUUGCCAACUAAAGUUAGGAGCAGAAGAAAGAUAGUAACUGAGAAACCUCUAACUAUUGAUGACGUGAAGAAUUCUGAGAACCUAGAGAAGUUUUCCCAUUGCAUAUCUGGCUUCCGAGCACGAAGAUGGUGUCUUUUUGAGUGGUUCUACAGUGCAAUUGACUACCCAUGGUUUGCCAGACAAGAGUUUGUUGAGUACUUGGAUCAUGUAGGGUUGGGUCAUGUUCCUAGGUUAACUCGAGUUGAAUGGGGUGUCAUAAGAAGUUCUCUUGGGAAACCAAGGCGAUUUUCUGAGCAGUUUCUGAAGGAGGAAAAAGAAAAGCUAUACCAAUACAGGGACUCUGUAAGAAAACAUUAUGAUGAGCUAAACAAGGGCAUGAGGGAAGGACUUCCUUCAGAUCUGGCUCGGCCUCUAAAUGUUUCACAGAGAGUUAUUUCCCUGCAUCCAAAGUCAAGAGAGAUUCAUGACGGCAGUGUCCUAACUGUUGAUCACUGUCGGUACCGGAUUCAGUUUGACCAACCUGAAUUAGGGGUGGAAUUUGUUAAGGAUACUGAAUGCAUGCCACUGAAUCCUCUAGAAAAUAUGCCAGCAUCACUUGCAAAGCACUAUGCUUUCUCGAAUAAUCACGUUCAGAAUCCUAGUGAGGAGAAAAUCCAUGAGCAGGUUAAGGAAAGCAUGCCGGAAGAAUAUCUCAAACUUUCGUGCGAGACAGGCCAUCCCUUGUCCUCACCAAAUUAUAACAUUAGCAAUUCACUAAAGCAGGAAAAGGUUGAUAUCUCGAAUUCAUAUACACAAGCUGAAGAUGGAGUCAAUGAGGCUCUUGAUUUACAGUUAUUUAAUUCUCAGUCUUCAAGUAUUGGACAUAUACAUGCAAGAGAAGCUGAUGUCCAAGCUCUUUCUGAACUAACACGUGCACUUGACAAGAAGGAGCUAGUUUUGAGGGAACUAAAGUGCAUGAACAACGAGGUUGUGGAAAGUCAGAAAGAUGGGAAUAAUGCUCUAAAGGACUCUGAAUCUUUCAAGAAACAAUAUGCAGCAGUUCUCUUUCAGCUAAGCGAAAUAAAUGAGCAGGUUUCAUUGGCACUUCUUGGCUUGAGGCAACGGAAUACUUACCAGGAGAAUGUACCAUAUACUUCAGUAAGACGCAUGAGCAAAUCAGGGGAACCUGAUGGUCAGCCAACCUACUUUGCAUCUGACACUAAUGGAGCCCAUGUGUCUGAGAUUGUCGAAAGUUCUAGAACAAAAGCACGGAAAAUGGUAUACAAAGCUAUACAGGCAUUGGUGUCACUGAAGAAAGACGAAAAUAAUGUUGUAAAUAUUGAAGAAGUCAUAGAUUUUGUUAAUAAUCAGCUCUCAGUAGAUCAAAUAGAAGGAUCAUCAGUCCAGCAAACACAAGCUGCCCAGGAUCACCGUCUUCCCUCUACACCAAAUCCACCUAACUCAACUCAUACCGAUGAUUCCCACCUAAACCCACUCGAACGAAAUGACCUGCAGAUCCCGUCUGAACUUAUUUCUCGCUGUAUGGCUACAUUGCUUAUGAUUCAGUUUAUGAUCCUAACGCAGAAACCUUGUGAAAAAAACACAAUGCAGAGAUGUACAGAGAGGCAAUUCCCACCAAGUGAAGUUGCUCAAGUUCUAGACUCGGCGGUGGCCAGUUUACAGCCUUGCUGCUCACAGAAUCUUCCGCUCUAUACAGAGAUUCAGAAGUGCAUGGGAAUCAUCAGAAACCAGAUACUAGCCCUCGUACCUUCGUAA